AUGUUUGUCUGCCCCGAAACACAGAACACCUGCGUGGACGAUAUCUUACUGCAAAUCAGGGAGCAGCUCGCCAAGUCGAGAGUGAUAGAAACGGACCUGGCCAAGCCUCUGCUCGAUUCCCUGCUCCGUGUGGCGCUGGGCGCGUUCUCUGGUGAUCCGGACCAUGCUGAAGAAAAGAUUGAGAAGCCGCAUUACGCUGAAAAGGAGCCUGUGUCACAACCUGGAGAUAUUUCUGAGGAAACCGAGGAAUCGCAGAGCUGCAGCCUGAAGCUGUUUGCUGAGGAGGAGGGGUAUGAAGCAGACAGCGAAAGCAACCCCAACGACGGUGAAACCAAGAGCGAAGGAGCAGACACCAAGGCAGACCCAGGAUGUGCUGGUCCUUCAGGUUAUUUUAAUGACCUACCCGAAAGCAUCAACCGAGGAGAGUUAAUGUAUCCUGAAAUCUGCAUGUUGGAGCUCAACCUGCUCUCGGCCGGCAGUGCCGGUUUGGAUGUGCUGGCUCACGGCUUCCAGAGCUGCCUGAAGAUCGUCAGCCAGAGGGAGAGCAACGCCACUGCACUGAUCGAGCAGGGAGCUGUUAAACAUCUUUUGGGAGGAUUUCUGCACAUAUUGACACAGACGGAGUCAAGUUUUCAUGCAUGUCAGGUUGUGCUGGUAGAGCUGUUAGUCUCCUUGAUGAGCUCACAGACGUGUUCAGAAGAGCUCACCCUGCUCCUGAGGAUAUUUCUGGAGAAGACCCCGUGUACGGAGAUCCUACUCAAGGGCGUGUUGAAGAUCAUAGAAACCAACGUCUUUAUGAACCCGUUACAGUACCUUUCCUUCCCGUUGCUGCACGGCACCAGCGUGAGCAGCGGCUCUUCGCAGAAAUCCGCUUUCACUUCCAUCACCAGAGCUGCUGGACCGCCAAAGAGAGCAAAGCUGUCACAGAGCAAGAGGGAGGCAGACGGCAACAACCUGAGUCACCAGCUGCUUUCCUCCUGGCACGUCGCCCCCGUCCACUUGCCGUUAGUUGGGCAGAACUGCUGGCCUCACAUGUCUGAAGGCUUCAGUGUCUCGCUGUGGCUUCGUCUGGAGCCUGCUCAUGAAGCAGAAAUUCCAGCAGAAAAGGGGAGAAAGGCGAAGAGAAGAAGCAGACCGGUGGCUGUGAGAGAGAGCAGCUUUGACAGCACGGACGAAACAAAGUCUGCAGGGAUGGAGUACCUGAGCCUGGGGGACAAACUUGUCGAGGACGGCUGCGUUCACAUCGUUUCGCUGGGCUCCAAAGCGCUGAUGAUCCAAGUCUGGGCGGACCUGAACACCGGAGCGUUCGUGUUUCGGAUGUGCAUGGAUCCAAACGACGAGAUGAAAGCCGGUCUGCUGGCGCAGGCCGAGUCUCCAGAGAACACAUUCCUGGUGGGCAGGUGGCAGCAUCUGGCAAUAACCUAUCUGCAGCAGCCGGAGGGCAAGAAAAACGUCCACGGAAAGCUGUUUGUGUGGGUUUCUGGUCAGAGGAGGUGUGAGAUUAAUUUAGAUUACGCGCUGCCGAGGAAAUCCAGCUUGUCAUCGGACAGCAAUAAAACGUUUUGCAUGAUUGGCCACUGUACCUCGUCUCACGAGGAAUCGCUCCGGCUGUCGGGCAGAUGGGAUCUUGGAAACCUGCUUCUGUUUAAUGGUGCAAAGAUCGGACCGGAGGAAGCAUUUUACCUGUACACGUGUGGGCCGGACUUCACAUCUGUAAUGCCUUGUAAAUAUGGCAAAACAUCAACCGAUUUCUCCAAGUACAUAAGUAAGGAGAUCCUACAGUGUGAGCAGAUCAAGGAGCUCUUCAUGGCAAGAAAGGAGGUGGAUGUUGGGCCUUUAAUUGAGAGCCUUGCAGUUGUGUAUGCUACCUGCUGCCCUGGUCAGUACACCAUAUACGAGCCCGUCAUCAGGCUGAAAGGGCAGGGGAAAGCCGUGCCUGCACAGAGACCCUUCAGCUCCAAGGACGUCCAGAGCAACGCGCUGGACCCUCAGCACCUGAAAACGCUCCAGGCCGUUGAAUACAAAACCCUGCAGGGCAUCCUGCAUGAAAUCGGGGGGACGGGGGCGUUCGUCUUCCUCUUUGCUAGGGUUGUGGAGAUUAGCAGCUGUGAAGACACUCAGGCUUUAGCGCUGCAGCUCAUCCUGGCGCUAACCAAGUACAACCAGCAGAGGAUACAGGAGAUGGAGAACUGCAACGGUUACUCCAUGAUUCGUCGGGUGUUGAUCAAACCAAAGUGCAUUGUUGGCUUUUGCAUGCUGAAG